AACAGUUUUAACGAGUUUUAAUAUGUUAACUCACUUAGUAAAUCUCGGUUGAAAGGCUCAUCUACAAACUGUGAAACUACUGGCUUGUUUGUGGAAGCGCUUUAUCAUGUCGUUAUUAUGUGUCAGAGUGAAGAAAGCCAAGCUCCAGGGGCCACCAGAUAAAUUCAACAGCUACGUGACGCUGAAGGUGCAGAAUGUUAAAAGCACAACGAUCACUGUGCGUGGGGAUCAGCCCUGCUGGGAACAAGAUUUUAUGUUUGAGAUCAAUCGGCUGGACCUCGGUCUCAUUGUUGAAGUUUGGAACAAAGGUCUCAUUUGGGACACCAUGGUGGGGACAACCUGGAUUCCUCUUAAAAGCAUCCAACAGUCGGAGGAGGAAGGCUCAGGUGAGUGGGUGUUCCUGGACACUGAGGUCCUGAUGAAAGCAGAUGAGAUCUACGGCACCAAGAACCCAACUCCUCAUCGACUGCUGCUAGAUACUCGCUUUGAGCUGCCGUUUGACAUUCCAGAGGAUGAGGCACAGUACUGGACUGGCAAACUGGAACGUAUCAACAUGGGAAUCCAUGAUGAGUAUCAUCUUCAAGAAGAUGAGCAGAAGGACUCGCUGCCAUUUGCAGCCUCCCAGUGCUCACUGGAUGACCAGGACAGUGCUGUGGAUGAUCGGGACAGUGAUUACCGCAGUGAGACAAGUAACAGUUUGCCUCCUCGUUACCACACCACAGCUCAGCCCAACUCAUCCAUGCACCAGUACCCCAUUGGGCCUCGGUCGCAUCACCUCUCAGACUGCUGCACAGACUCCAUCAACAGUUUUGAUCUAAACUACAAGGACCAGAGAGGAAGCAGUCCAGUGGAAAGUAGUCGCUUUGGUUCAUCGGGGAACCUAAGCCAGACUAGCUCCCAGCUAAGUGAGACAGGCCAUGAGAGCACUGGAGGAUCUGAAGUCGAGGAGUCUUUCCACUCCUAUCAUAGCACUGGACUACACCCCUCCAAUAAUGGACAACUACGUACAAAUGGACAUUUUUCCACUAAUGGACAUCCUAUUGGCAGUGAGAAGGAGACAUGCAUGCAGUCCCCUGAAGUUGGGUCAGUUUUGAAAAAUGACACAUCAGAAAAGGAAUCUACUAAACUGCAAAGAUUCCAUGAUGGAGGAUCGCCAUUACCAUUUUCCCCAUCAAGAGUUCGUUGGCUGAGGGCUAUUAAUAAAGUCCGGGUUCAGCUUCGUGAGGUCCGAGAUGUGGAACCAAAUACUCGCCAGGCCUGGGACAAACCGGGUAGUGGAUCUGGUCUGUAUGGAAUCGACAGCAUGCCAGACCUGCGUAAAAAGAAGCCCAUCCCCUUGGUCAGCGAUGUGGCUAUGUCCCUUGUCCAAGCCAGAAAGGCAGGGAUCGCCUCUGCUAUGGCCGCUCGGUCCUCAUUCAAGGAUGAGGAGCUGAAAAAUCAUGUGUAUAAGAAGACCCUGCAGGCUCUCAUCUACCCCAUAUCCUGCACUACGCCGCAUAACUUUGAGGUGUGGACAGCCACCACACCGACAUACUGCUAUGAGUGUGAAGGACUGCUAUGGGGGAUUGCUCGCCAAGGCAUGCGUUGUUCCGAGUGCGGCGUCAAGUGCCAUGAAAAGUGCCAAGAGCUACUAAAUGCUGACUGUUUACAGCGAGCUGCAGAAAAAAGCUCUAAGCAUGGAGCUGAAGACCGCACUCAAAAUAUCAUCAUGGCCAUGAAGGACAGGAUGAAAAUCAGGGAAAGGAACAAACCAGAGAUAUUUGAGCUGAUCAGAGAAGUGUUCAGCGUCAGUAAAGCCAUUCACGCACAACAGAUGAAGACUAUCAAACAAAGUGUGCUGGAUGGUACCUCCAAAUGGUCAGCAAAGAUAACCAUCACAGUUGUUUGUGCACAAGGACUUCAGGCAAAAGACAAGACCGGAUCCAGUGAUCCAUAUGUGACUGUUCAGGUUGGCAAAACUAAGAAGAGAACCAAGACCAUUUAUGGUAACCUCAACCCAGUUUGGGAGGAAAAGUUCCACUUCGAGUGCCACAAUUCUUCAGACCGAAUCAAAGUGCGUGUUUGGGAUGAAGAUGAUGACAUCAAGUCCAGAGUAAAACAGCGACUAAAGAGGGAGUCCGAUGAUUUCUUGGGUCAAAGUAUCAUUGAAGUUCGAACGCUGAGUGGAGAAAUGGACGUCUGGUACAACCUGGAAAAGCGGACGGACAAGUCAGCCGUGUCGGGUGCCAUUCGCCUCCAGAUCAAUGUUGAGAUCAAAGGAGAGGAGAAGGUGGCAGCGUAUCAUGUGCAAUACACUUGUCUGCACGAGAACCUCUUCCACUAUUCAACCGAUGUGCUUGGUCAAGGUGUGGUAAAGAUCCCAGAGGCUCGUGGAGACGAUUCUUGGAAGGUCUACUAUGAAGAUGUGGCACAGGACAUAGUUGAUGAGUUUGCCAUGCGUUAUGGGAUUGAAUCCAUUUACCAGGCCAUGACGCACUUUGCCUGCUUGUCAACUAAGUACAUGUGUCCUGGAGUUCCUGCAGUGAUGAGCAGCCUGCUGGCUAAUAUUAAUGCCUUCUACGCUCACACAACUGCAUCCACCAAUGUGUCCGCCUCUGACCGUUUUGCUGCUUCUAAUUUUGGGAAAGAACGCUUUGUUAAGCUUUUAGACCAGCUACACAACUCCUUACGCAUCGACCUUUCUACAUACAGGAACCACUUUCCUGCCAGCAACAAAGAUCGUCUGCAAGAUUUGAAGUCUACGGUGGACCUUCUAACCAGCAUCACCUUUUUUAGGAUGAAGGUCCAGGAGUUACAGUCCCCACCCAGAGCCAGUCAGGUUGUGAGGGACUGUGUCAAGGCCUGUUUCAACUCUACAUAUGACUACAUCUUCAAUAACUGUCAUGAGCUGUACAGCAGACAGUACCACCCUGCAGAAACGAACAAGGAGGAGUUGCCUUUGGAGGAGCAGGGUCCGAGCAUCAAGAACUUGGACUUUUGGCCCAAGCUCAUCAUGCUGAUUGUCUCCAUCAUAGAAGAAGACAGGAACUCCUACACACCUGUGCUCAAUCAGUUUCCUCAGGAGCUUAAUGUGGGAAAGCUGUCAGCUGAAGUCAUGUGGACGUUGUUUGCUCAAGACAUGAAGUACGCUUUGGAAGAGCACGAGAAGCAUCGGCUGUGUAAGAGCACAGACUACAUGAACCUCCACUUCAAAGUCAAGUGGCUCUGCAAUGAGUAUGUUAAGGAGCUGCCAAACUUUAAGGGCGUCAUUCCCGACUACCCAUCAUGGUUUGUGCAGUUUGUUUUGCAGUGGUUGGAUGAAAAUGAGGAUGUAUCAAUGGAAUUUAUGCAUGGAGCCCUGGAGAGAGACAAAAAAGAUGGAUUCCAGCAGACGUCUGAGCACGCCCUGUUCUCCUGCUCUGUGGUGGACAUCUUCACCCAGCUCAACCAGAGCUUUGAGAUCAUCAAGAAAUUGGAAUGCCCUGACCCCAGUGUCAUGGCUCAGUACAGCCGUCGCUUCUCCAAGACAAUUGCCAAAGUUCUUCUGCAGUACAGUGCCAUUCUGACCAAGAGCUUUCCAUCUUACAUCGAUAAGGAAAAAAUUCCCUGCGUCCUGAUGAACAACGUGCAGCAGCUGAGAAUCCAACUGGAAAAAAUGUUUGAGUCCAUGGGCGCCAAGCAGAUGGACACGGAGGCCAGCGACCUUCUGAACGACCUGCAGGUGAGACUGAACAACGUGCUGGAUGACCUCAGCAGUACGUUUGGAAACAGCUUCCAGAGCCGCAUCAAUGAUUGUAUGCGCCAGAUGUCGUCCUUGUUGUACCAGAUCAAAGGGCCGCUCAAUGAGAACACUAAAAACCAGGUGGAUGCAGACUCUGACAACAUGCUUCGUCCGCUAAUGGACUUCCUGGAUGGAAAACUGACGUUGUUUGCUGCUGUGUGCGAGAAAACCGUAUUGAAGCGUGUGCUGAAGGAGCUGUGGAGGAUCGUAAUGAGCAGCCUGGAAAAAAACAUCGUCUUGCCGCAGGGCCAUGACACUUUUGGAACUAACAUUCUGUCAGCUGCAAAAGAACUUGGGCAGUUCUCAAAACUUAAGGAUCACAUGGCAGGCGAGGCUAAGAGCUUGACUCCCAGGCAGUGUGCUGUCAUGGACGUAGCAUUGGACACUAUCAAGCAAUACUUUCAUGCUGGAGGCAACGGUUUGAAGAAGGCAUUCCUGGAAAAGAGUCCGGAGCUUUCAUCACUGCGCCAUGCUCUUUCCCUCUACACUCAGACAACAGAUACUCUCAUAAAAACCUUUGUGACCACACAGCAUGCACAAGUGCACAAUGGAAAGGGUAUUAGAAUUACUCCCAAUGAAAAAAUACAGCCCAGCAGGGGCUCCGGUGUGGAUAAGCCAAUUGGUGAGGUGUCUCUUCAGAUUGAGCUGUACACUCACCCAAAGAGCGGAGAGCGGAAGGUUACAGUAAAAGUGAUAGAAGCCAGUGAUUUAAAAUGGCAAACAUCUGGCAUGUUCAGACCCUUUGUGGAAAUCACCAUGAUCGGGCCUCAUCUCAGCGACAAGAAACGCAAAUUUCAGACCAAAUCUAAAAACAACAGCUGGUCUCCUAAGUUCAAUGAAACGUUCCAUUUUGUCCUGGGUAACCAGGAUGGCUUUGAGUGCUACGAGGUCCAAGCCUGUGUCAAAGACUACUGCUUUGGUCGUGCUGAUCGAGUGGUGGGUUUGGCUGUCAUGCAGCUAAGAGACAUCAUGGAAAGGGGCAACUGUGCCUGCUGGUGUCCACUGGGACAACGCAUAUACAUGGACGACACGGGUCUCACCGCCAUGCGAAUCCUCUCCCAGCGCUGCAACGAUGACGUGGCGAAAGAGUUCGUAAGGCUGAAGUCAGAGACUCGAUCAGCCGAGGAAGGAAGAUGAGGACAAAUAAGAGGACAGAACAGAAAUGGCUCUUUAACAAGUGGCCACGUGGACUGAUUCUUAAAUGUGUCA